GGCCGGCACCACACUCAAAGCGAGCCUUCACCUCCGCUCCUUCCACCUCCCUCCUUCUCAAGACCAAGUCCCUGGAUCGUGGACCACGCCUCACCUCUCUCUCCUGACAUAUUGCAAGAACCCGUCCCUCAGAAAAUCAAAGUCCCCCAGCUCGGACUCUACAAUGGGAGCUCGGAUCUGGACUCCCACAUCGGCCUCUACACCUCGUGGAUGGACCUGCACGGCGCCACUGACGCUUUGCGCUGUCGCAUGUUCUCGCUGACACUGGGGCCCAAGGCGCAGAGGUGGUACCACUCUCUGUACCCCCACUCCAUCUCCACGUGGGGGCAACUCAGGGCGGCGUUCCGGUCACACUUCAUCGGGUCGCAGAUCAACCUCGCCCCCAAGGAGUCCAUCGCCAACAUCGUCCAAGGUGAGGACGAAAGCUUGAAGGAUUACAUUACCCGGUUCAACGACCGAGUCCAAAACAUGGAACAAUGCCACCCAGAGGCGCUGCUGAUCUCGGUACAGGCCAGCCUGAAGCCGAAGACUCUGUUCAAAUGGUCCCUUUGCCAAAACAAGCCAACCACAUACCAAGAAUUUCUUGUCCGCGCCCAAAAUUACAUCAUGGCCGAAGAAUACUCAUCCAUCCCGGUGCUCGACGCCGCAUCAAACAAGGGAAAGGCGAAGGAUGAAAAGUCAGGAAAAUCAGGCAAAUCAUUUGCUGAGAUCCGAGCCAUGAGGAGGCAGAAGGCGGAGGAACUCAAUGAAACCUACCAAGGCGUCUUUUCGGUAGGUGUCGCGGCCAUCUACGAGGAGAUUAAGACCAAAGGAUUGUUGCCAGACCCAAAACCAAUGUUUACUGAUAAAGAUAAGGUGGACAAAUCCCGGUACUGCACCUACCACAAGGCGCAUGGGCACAAUACCGACCAGUGCCGUAACCUGAUCUCGGCAUUGCUUAAGUUAAUCGAUGACCUGCAGGUUAAAAGGUUUACCCACUCAGGAGAGAAAAGGAAGAAGGGAGGCCGCUUUGAAGAUGGUCUUGACAGUGAUGAUGAUGCCAACGAGAACCCUCGAAGGAAGAAGCCGCAGCAGGGCGGCCCCAACGAGAUCUUGACAUUCAACCCGGCCCAUCAGGGUGAGGUCGGAACUUCGAGGGAGAGAAAGCGAAAUCGGUCCCUAUUAUCAGGGGCCGACCAGGAUUAUUCCCAACCCCGUCGC